UAGGUGGGCCGAUAGGGUAAAGAGUGUUGAGAUCUGGUGAGGACUACACUACAGUGUAUGUUGGGGUUUGACUGUACCGACUGUGAGGGUCGAUGAUGAGAUGGUUUGAGCCGUUAAAGGUUAUCAAGCUGCACAGGUGGUUGGGAGCGGUCAUGGUGUUGUCAGUCAAAAUCAGGCAAUCACUGACGACUACUCUUCCGAUUCAUCGUCCAGAAUGGAGUAAGCGGAUCGAGUAUCUCGAAACGUUCAAACUUCAUGCGGCGCAAUGCGAGUGUUCCAACCCGGGGCAUUCCUCCGCUGCGCAUGUUAAGAGUGGCACACCGAUUGUUGUUGUCAAAGAGGACGUUUUCAUCGGCACGCGCAUGCGACGUGCUAUUAAUCAGAAAACCUUGAUUUUAAGCCUGAUGCGUUCCCACCAACGGCAUUCCAGAAGGGUGUUGCUGCUUGUAGAGACUGAACUGUGACAUCUUUGACUGGCAAGAUGCUCCCAGCGCGACAACCGGACCAUAAAUGCCAGGUCGUACGACCAGGUUGAAACAAGACGAGGGAGCCCGGGCAACCAGAUUCUAGGUGAAAUACAAGGCUGUUGGCGAGAGAUGUUAGCCUCGAUCGUUUGAGUUUGGAGGCACCCGGCUGUCAAUGCGGGACGCGAUCUUGAAACGCCAGUGUGAGCAUCUUCUCGAACAUGUCAACGUUUCAUGAGAUCUCGGUAUCUUCGAACCGACAAUUGC